AUGGGCGGUGGUGGGCAGGGUCAAGCCAAGCAAUGGCCCACAAUGAGCUUCGAUCUGGUGCUUAAAAUCUUGAGCGAAAUUCAUCAUCCCCAUUUGCUUCUCCUUCUUGGAGCAUGUUUAGAUCACGGUUGCCUAGUCUUUGAGUACAUGGAGAAUGGUAGCCUGGAGGACAGGUUGAUCAGGAAAAAUGGUACACCCCCUAUUCCUUGGUUUGAGAGGUACCGAAUAGCUUGGGAAGUAGCCUCAGCUCUAGCCUUUCUUCACAACUCAAAGCCAAAACCAAUUAUCCAUCGUGAUCUGAAGCCGGCGAACAUUUUGCUUGAUCGUAACCUUGUAAGCAAGAUUGGUGAUGUUGGUCUUUCUAUGAUUCUUCAUUCAGAUUCUUGUGACACGGGACCUGUUGGGACACUCUCGUACAUAGAUCCUGAGUAUCAAAGGACUGGGUCAAUCUCUCCAAAGUCUGAUGUUUACGCUUUCGGGAUGAUAAUUUUGCAGUUGCUGACGGCAAAACCAGCAAUAGCACUGCCCCAUAUCGUAGAAACUGCGUUAAGUGAUGGUCAUUUAUUAGAGAUUUUGGAUCCAGAGGCUGGGAAUUGGCCAAUUGAGGAAACAAAGGAAUUGGCUGAACUGGGACUCAACUGUGCUGAGCUUUGGCGUAGAGACAGGCCUGAUUUAGAAGAAAAAGUACUUCCUGCACUGGAGAGAUUGAAAAAGGUUGCCGAUAGGGCUCAAGAUUCAGCUUCCAGACUUCGACCCUCACCUCCUAACCACUUCAUCUGCCCAAUUAUUAAGGAUGUGAUGGAUGACCCUUGUGUCGCAGCGGAUGGUUACACUUACAACCGUAAAGCAAUAGAGUUCUGGCUUGAAGCGAACAAUACAUCGCCAAUGACAAAUAUGCCAUUGCUUGACAAGAAUCUAAUACCAAAUUACACGCUUCUUUCUGCGAUUAUGGAGUGGAAGUCCAGACACUAAUAACAACAUUCUUUAUUGAUUUUUCAGAAUAAUGCUGAAAAUUGUUAUUGAAUUGCAGACUUUUCUCUACGAUUAUGGAGAGGAGAGUGGAGUGUAGUCCACUGACCGAUGACAUCUACUUUGCUUCGUUCAGUAUAGCCUGACAGAAUUGUUUCUUUGAGGAUUCCUCAACAUGUAUAUGUAAUUAGAUGUAAAAAAAAAUAACAAAAUAAAAACAGAGCUCUUAGUGUUUCA